AUGAAUGCUGCAACAAACAUUGCUAGAGGAGCAAGACGACUGGCAUCGGCUUUCAUCCCACAGAGGAAUCCUCCAGAUCAAAAUUUCUUAGAUGCAGAUGUACCUAGCAUCAAUGUGCCGACUCUUCAACCUAUCCUUAUCCCUACAACCAGGGACAAGGUUAAACAAAAAGUAAAUAAAUCGAUCAAAGCUGCUGUAGAUUGGGUUGAAUGGCUGCAUGAUGCAGACAGAGAAGUUGUUAAGAAGGCCCCAUCGAAAUUAAAAGCCUUGAAGGAAAAAGUAGAUGCUUUAUUCAGAAAGCAGCAGAUGUUUGAAAUCAGAGAGACAAGAUCUGCUCUGAGGAAAUUUACGACUCAAUAUACCAUAGAUGGCAGAGAGGGGUUUGAUGCUCAAUCGUUUCUCAACACAGCCCGACAAAAUGUAGUUAACCUCUUGAGAGGAAUCCGAGGCACUAAGGUAAAGCUAAUUCUUAGAUGUAACAUGGAAAAAGUGAACCUUGUUAGUGCCUCGGAAACAAUCGUAGAGCCUGCAGCCUUUCACUCUAAUGUCGAGAUUAACCUCGAGGGAACAGAUGCAGAUGAGCUGUAUGAUGCAAUGGUAGAUAGAGUCAUGGAGGCCAUGGCGACAUUCCAGUUGCGAGGCAGCAACUGGACAUUUAAAUCUAUCAUUGCCAUUGAAAUUCAUACAGUUGCUUAUAAACCGUUGAGGGGGAGCUCUUACAUCCCUACUCCGGAGGCCCUUGCACAUCCUAAGAAGGGAGUGAUCAAUGUCAAAAAUGAUGACAACAGAUGCUUCCUCUGGGCACUGGCUCGAGCAUUACAUCCCGUAGAACCUGAUGCUUGCCGCAUAACUAAGAUGCUCAGAAUGCAAGCAGAAAAACUCAACAUGGACGGUAUUGAUUACCCAGUUAGUCUUAAGACAAUAGAUCAUGUCGAGAAGCAAAAUCCAGACAUAUCUAUUAAUGUCUUUGGCUAUGAAACUAGUGUUUACCCCCUCCGAAUAAGCAAACACGUUGAUAGGGUAACAAUAAACCUUUUAUUGAUCUCUGAUGGGGAAAAGCAGCAUUACAGCGUCAUCAAAGACAUGAGCCGUUUGUUGUCCAGCCAAACCGGAAACCACCAACACAAAAAAUAUUACUGUCUCAGAUGUUUGAACCCCUUCUACUCACAGGAAUCGUUGAAUAAGCACAUGGAAUACUGUUAUUCAAACGAGGCCGUCAAGAUAGAGAUGCCAGAAGAGGGCUCGACCAUUUCGUUUGGGCACAUACACAAGUCCAUGAGAGUGCCGUUCACAGUGUAUGCUGACUUUGAAUCUUUCAUCAAACCCGUAGAUACGUGUGAACCGUGUCCGGGAAAGAGCUACACGAAGAAAUACCAGAAACACACCCCAUCGAGCUUUUGUUACUACAUCAAAUGCUUUAAUGAUGGUGUCUUCUCUAAAGAUCCGGUUACCUACACCGCGAAAACUGACGACGAAGAUGUCUCCCAAAUAUUCGUAGAAAUGUUGGAGAAAGACAUCAAAGAAAUUGGCAAAAUUCCGGCGAAACCAAUGAUUUUUGGGGAAAAUGACCGCAAACAAUUCCAAAAGGCGACAAAGUGCUGGAUCUGCCAAGGUGAGUUCAGUAAGGAUGACAAGAAGUACAAGAAGCCGAAGUUCACUCCCGUGGUGUUCCACAAUCUGAGCGGCUAUGACAGUCAUCUGUUCGUCAAGAACCUCGGUAAAACUGAGGGGAACAUCAACUGCAUCCCGAACAACGAGGAAAAGUACAUCAGCUUCACCAAGGAGGUUGUUGUCGGUUCUUAUACUGGCAAGGACGGGAAAGAGAAGGAUGUUAAGCACCAACUCAAAUUCAUCGACAGCUUCAAGUUCAUGGCCUCUAGCCUGGAUAAGCUGUCCGGUAAUCUGGAUCAGGACUGCUUCUCUAACACUUCGAAGUACUAUAACGGAAAACAUCUAGACUUACUAAUGAGAAAGGGUGUCUACCCAUAUGAAUAUAUGGAUUCACUCAAAAGACUAGAUGAAACAGCCCUUCCACGAAAAGUAGCGUUCUACUCCAGACUCAGUGGAGAAGAGAUUAGUGACGAUGACUAUGAGCAUGCACAAACUGUGUGGAAAGAGUUUGGCAUGAAGUCACUCAGGGACUACCACGAACUGUACAACCAGUCGGACGUGUUGCUCUUGGCAGAUGUCUUCGAGAACUUUAGAGACGUCUGCAUCAAGAACUACGAUCUUGACCCUGCCUGGUAUUAUACAGCGCCUGGACUAGCAUGGGACGCUGCCUUGAAAAUCACCGAAGUGAAGUUGGAGCUGUUAUCAGAUCCAGACAUGUUGCUCAUGGUGGAGAAAGGUAUCAGAGGCGGGAUAUCGAUGAUCAGCAACAGAUAUGGCAAAGCAAACAACCCAUACAUGGGUGAAACAUUCAACCCCCAUGAUCCUGCGAAGUAUAUUGCCUAUUUGGAUGCCAACAAUCUCUAUGGUUGGGCCAUGAGCAAACCGCUCCCUACACACGGAUUCGGGUGGAUGACAGACAGUGAACUGGACUCUUGGAAGAACCACAGCUGUAUACUGGAGGUUGACCUUGAAUAUCCAAAGGAUUUGCAUGAUCUCCACAAUGACUAUCCGCUCGCUCCAGAAAGUCUCAAAGUCCAUAAUGUGGAAAAGCUUAUUCCCAAUCUCAAUGACAAAACUAACUAUGUCAUUCACUGCGAGAACCUCAAACUAUACGAGGGCUUGGGAAUGAAGAUUACAAAGAUCCACAGGGGCAUCAGGUUCGAGGAAAGUGCAUGGUUGAAGCAAUACAUCGACCUGAACACCAAUCUCCGAGCAGAGGCAAACAAUGAGUUUGAAAAGGACUUUUUCAAGCUCAUGAACAACUCUGUUUUCGGAAAGACUAUGGAGAACAUUAGGAGCCGAGUGGAUAUCCGACUAGUCAACGACGAGACAAAAGCGAAGAAGUUGGCAGCAAAACCCAAUUUUAAACAUUGCACCAUCUUCGACGAGAACCUGGUUGCCGUACAUAUGAAAAAGACGAAACUGAAGUUCAACAAGCCCGUUUAUCUCGGGAUGUGCAUCCUCGAUCUGAGCAAGACGUUGAUGUACGACUUCCAUUACAACUACAUGGAGACAAAGUACGGAGAAAAGGCAAAACUCCUGUUUACCGAUACCGAUUCCUUGGCAUACGAAAUCCAGACGGAAGACUUUUACAAGGACAUCUCUGGUGACGUGGCAGCCAAGUUUGACACCAGCAACUUCCCAAAGGAUCACCCAUCGGGCAUCGAAGUCGGUCGUAACAAGAAAGUGGUGGGGAUGUUCAAGGACGAGGCAGGAGGUAAGAUCAUCCGAGAAUUCGUGGGGUUGAGAGCUAAGUUGUACAGUUACAAGUUGCUUGAGGGGUAUGAGGAGAAGAAGUGUAAGGGGGUGAAAAGGUCCGUUGUCAGAAAGAGUAUUUCGUUUGAGGAUUACAAGAAAUGUUUGUUUACGGGUGAGGAUCAGUUGAGAAAGAUGAACGUCAUCAGGAGCCACUGUCAUGAUGUGUACACCGAAGAAAUUAACAAAAUAGCUCUUUCGGCAAAUGACGACAAGCGAAUCAUCCUCCAGGAUGGGAUGCGCACACUAGCCCACGGACACUUUAAACUUUAA